CCGCGGGACAACGGAGGAUAGGCUAGGACACUGGCCGCCGGGGAAAGUAAAGGGCUCCGCGCUCAUGUAAGUCAUUACUCUCCGACAGGUUUCGCCCGAGGAAAUGCCACCGAACAUUUUGGAGUUAACCCAAAUGAUAGCUUCAGGUUUUGCAAGAGUCGCCUUUGUUCGCUACGAUGCCGCUAAUGAGAGGAAAAACAGUCUGAGGCGCCUGUUGUCACGGCCGUGAAAAGGGGGAAAGUACGAAAUUGCUUUUAAUGGAGAGAAAUUACAUUCACCAGGCAUCCUAAAAAUGAUUGAAACAAUGGAUACACAGCGUGCCUUGCAGGCGGUGGAGCGUCUCCAGGCCAAACUGAAGGAGCGAGGGGAGGUGCCCACUGAGGAGAAGCUCAGCCUGCUCAAAUCAGUGCUCCAGAGCCCCCUCUUCCACCAGAUCCUGGCCUUGCAGAAGUCUGUCCAGCAUCUCAGAGACCAGGGGAGUGGCCCUGAAUCACAUCGGAGUGACCCUGUGGAUCACAUCCCAACAGCUAAGCCCAACGGAAGCCAUGUUUCCUAUUCAGAUAUAUCAGCUGCUACACACAUCAAUGGCAAGACAUCAUCCGAAGAAUUUGAGCAUAUUAUUCAGUCCAUGGCACAGGGGCGCUACGUGACACACGUGGAGCUGCAGAAGCCAGUGUCAGGAGGUCUGGGCUUCAGUGUGGUGGGCCUGAAGAGCGAGAACCGCGGAGAGCUUGGCAUUUUCAUCCAGGAAAUUCAGCUGGGAAGUGUGGCUCAUUGUGAUGGAAAGCUCAAAGAAGCUGACCAGAUCCUGGCCAUCAAUGGCCAGCCUCUGGACCAGACUGUGACCCACCAGCAGGCUAUUGGCAUCCUGCAGAGUGCUUCAGAGAGGGUGCAGCUCACAGUAGCUAGAGGACCAAUACCUCAGUUGGCCAGUCCUGUGGUGUCCCGCACGCCCUCUGCUGCCAGUACACUGUCGGCAAACUCCAGCGCGUGGCAGCACGUGGAGACAAUUGAGCUGGUCAACGAUGGCACUGGCCUUGGAUUUGGUAUUGUGGGAGGCAAGACCACCGGGGUUAUUGUUAAAACCAUCCUUCCUGGAGGCAUAGCUGAUCAGGACGGCCGCCUGCACAGUGGGGACCACAUCCUGAGAAUUGGGGACACUGACCUUUACGGCAUGGGCAGUGAGCAGGUUGCGCAGGUCCUCAGGCAGUGUGGCAAUAGGGUGAAGCUGGUGGUUACCAGGGGUCCCGUAGAUGAGAAUCCCUCUGUCUCUGCUGUCAUGCCAGUAGUGCUCCCCACUGUCAAUGAACAACAGGGCUAUGAGGAAGAGGAGAAUGAUGCGUUUGAUGUUAGCCUUACCAAGAACACCCAGGGACUAGGGAUCACUAUUGCUGGCUAUGUUGGAGACAAAAAUUCAGAGCCCUCUGGUAUUUUUGUUAAGAGUAUAACAAAAGACAGCGCCGUAGAUCAAGAUGGCCGUAUUCAUGUGGGAGACCAGAUAAUAGCUGUUGAUGGUAUAAACAUACAGGGAUACACCAAUCAACAGGCUGUGGAAGUGCUCAGACACACCGGCCAGACAGUUCACCUUAAGCUGAUCCGGCGGGGCUUCAGGCCUGACGAGAUCCCCCCUGCUGGGGUCCCCAGUGUCACCGUAUUGCCCCCUUCCACCACCAUCCCCACCACCACAACCGUCUUGAGGGAGCUCGAGCUGGAGAGGAAGAAGGCUGAGGAGGCUGCUCUAGUCAGCACAGAAGAAAAGCCGCUCCAGACAAAGAGUGAAGGAUCUGAUGUCAGCCCAGCCACGGAUCAGCUAACAGAAGACAAACACAGGAUGAAGUUAACACUCUUUGAAGAAGAAGAACUAAUGAAGAAAUGGCAGGAGAUUCUGGGUCCAAGUAAUGAAGUUGUAGUGGCUCAGGUGGAGAAGUUUAGUGAGAACAGUGGCCUGGGGAUCAAUCUAGAAGCCAACAGUGGGCAUCAUUACAUCCGCUCCGUUCUGCCUGAGGGACCUGUAGGUCGCUGUGGCAAGCUGUUCAAUGGAGACGAACUGCUUGAGGUCAAUGGCAUAUCUCUGAUUGGUGAGACCCACAAGGAAGUAGUCAGAAUCUUGAAGGAGCUUCCACUCUGUGUAUACAUGACAUGCUGUAGGCCCGCCCCUCACCUGCAGACUGACAUGAAUGCUGUCCAACCAGAAUCAGAGGCUUUGUCCACGACAUCUAAAUUAAAGAAACAAAUAGACCUGAGCAGCGUUCUGGUUGCUAAAGAGACAGAGGUGAAUGCAGCAGCAGCGACACAGGAUAAUGUGACAGAGGAGGCAAUAGGAUCCCCUUUGGCCAUGUGGGAGCUGGAAAUCCAUAAUAUCGAGCUCGAGAAGGGAGAAGGGGGAUUGGGAUUCAGCAUUCUGGACUACCAGGACCCACUGGACCCUGCCAAGACUGUGAUUGUGAUUCGUUCUCUGGUUCCCAACGGUGUGGCGGAGCAGGAUGGCGGACUGUUGCCAGGGGACCGACUCAUGUACGUUAACACUACCAACUUGGAGAACGCCAGUCUGGAGGAUGCUGUCCAGGCCUUGAAGGGGGCCAAGCUCGGAAAAGUCCAGAUAGGAGUCGCAAAACCACUGCCUGUAAGCAUAAGUGGAAUAUGUGGAUAUUCCCACUCUCCACACCCAUAUGGUGAGCAGGAAAUAACUUCAUCAUCCACCAUCCAUUCAUUUGACUUCAACAGUAUUUUGGUUGAAGAAGGAGAGGAAGAAGAUCUGGCUGAGGGCAUCGUUUACCGAGCAGAGCCUGCAUUGAUUGACACCAGUGAAGCAGACCUAUCUGAUGAAAAGGUGUUGGAUCAUACUUACUCUGGGAUGGAGGAUGACACUUUCCAGGUAUCCAUGAUUGCUCUUCAUGGUAGCAGCUGUAGCGCAGACCUGGAUUACUUGCACUCAUCCACACCUAAGCUGACAGCUCGCCUGGACUUGUUGGAUGAGCGUCCCUGCUUUACAACACCACCCGGCCUCGGAGACAGCACUCAAGUGUUCUCACCAGAGAAGUCGGCCUCUUUCACUCCUCCGAGUUUGAGAGGUCACGUCCCGGCUUUUAAUGCCAUACUAAGCAGUUCUGAUCAGUACCUGGCUCAGCACUCGACCAAAGAAGAACCAGUGGAGGGCUCAAACUCAUACAGCCCGUUUGCUGAAAUAGGGACCAGAUCUAAUGUACAGGAGGAACCUGUGGAGUCCCUUCACUACCAGAAGGAGCCACUCGUCUCUUUUGGAAAUAUUGGAGAUAUAAAAAUUUUGAUAAAGGACGAGGAGGCAGGUGUGAAAGAAUCAGCAGAAGACAGUGACAAGGAAGUACUGACCUCAGGGAGCAAUUUUGAAAGGACUAUCACAGUUGUCAAGGGCAACUCCAGUCUCGGCAUGACGGUGAGCGCCAUGAAAGAUGGUUUGGGGAUGCUGAUCCGCAGUAUAAUCCACGGUGGUUCGAUUAGCCAUGAUGGACGUCUUGGUGUCGGUGACCUCAUCCUGGCCAUCAACGGAGAGCCCACUGCCAACCUGACCAACGCCCAGGCUCGUGCCAUGCUGCGAAGACAUUCUCUCAUUGGACCAGACCUGGGAUCUGCUUGUUCUCCUGAGGACGAUCUGUGCCCAUUUUAUGUCAUUACAUAUGUCCCAGCAGAGUAUCUAGAGGAGUACAAGGCCAGCCUAGAGCAGACUAAAGACGAUGUUCUCUCCGAAGCAGCUCCAGUCCUAGUUCCAGCUCCAAAAGAUAUUCCUACCCUCCCUGAGCGUGAAGAUGGAGAGGGAGAGGAAAGUGCCUCAUACAGCAACUGGAACCAACCUAGAAAAGUGGAGCUGUUCAGAGAGCCAGGCAAGUCCCUGGGCAUCAGCAUCGUUGGAGGCCGGGGGAUGGGCAGCCGCCUGAGUAAUGGAGAGGUGAUGAGGGGGAUUUUUAUCAAGCACAUCCUGGCGGACAGUCCUGCUGGCCAGAAUGGGACCCUGAAGACUGGAGACAGGAUUGUAGAGGUGGACGGAGUAGAUCUAAGGGAUGCUAGUCACGAGGAGGCAGUGGAGGCCAUACGCAAGGCAGGCAACCCUGUCUCCUUCUUGGUCCAGAGUAUUACUCACAGGCCCAGGUCAUCGAUUACGGACUCCGGUGAGGAGAGAGCUGCAGCUGCAACUAGGGACAACAAGGACAAGGAGGGUGACAGUCACAGUAGACUUUUCCUCCGCCUCUCCCCAACUAACCCUUUCACUCCUACCCCGUUUAAGCCGACGAAGCGUGAAGCAGCAAAGGCAUCUCCCACCAGCACUGUCCUCCCCCUGCCAGUGGUGCCCCAAGUGGGAGAGACUGAUACAGACACGCUGACAGAGAUUCCUGGCAGACCGGCUGAGGCAAAGAAGGAGAAGGAACAGGAGGAGGAGGAGGAGGAGGAGGAGGAGGAGGUGGAGGAUGAGUUUGGAUACAACUGGAAGAACAUAAUCCAGCGCUAUGGCAGCCUCCCAGGUGUCCUACACAUGAUUGAGCUGGAGAAAGGCAAGACAGGCCUGGGACUCAGCCUGGCUGGGAACAGGGACCGCUCUCGCAUGAGUGUGUUCGUGGUGGGAAUUGACCCCAAUGGGGCGGCCGGCAGGGACGGACGCAUGGUUGUGGGGGAUGAGCUGCUGGAGAUCAAUGGGCAGGUCCUUUAUGGCCACAGUCACCAGAAUGCAUCCUCCAUAAUCAAGAGCUCUCCAUCCAAAGUAAAAAUCAUCUUUGUCAGGAACACGGAGGCACUGAACCAGAUGGCCGUGGGACCUGUGAGAGAACACGAGGGAGACACAGUGGAGCCCCACGCUGAGCUAGAAACAGCUGCUGCUAAUGGUGAUGCUGAUGCUUCAAAAUAUGUCCAUCAUAUCAUAAAGCUGAAGGAGGACGGAGGCCUUGGCGUCACCUUUGUCGAGGGAAAUACUGAGAGUGGAGUUGAAAUUCAGAGCAUGUCUGAAGUGACAGAACAUACAGGCAAAGAGGGCUGCAUGAAACCAGGGGACAAACUCUUAGCUGUGAAUGGUGAAUCAGUGUUUGGGUACACUGUGGAAAAGGUCAGUUCUCUAUUGAGAAAAGCCAAAGAUCCAGUGAAGCCAACCUUUUCUACAAAUGAGAACUCCUCCUCCUUCUCUCCCCAGUCAGCCGGCCAGGACGGAGGUUUCUCAGAUGGACUCCUCGCCAGCCUACCUAGCAUGCCUAGCGCCGCCACGGUUAUGCUGAGUCCAGCAGAGGCAGAAGCAGCCAGUAGUCUGAGUCGCUCCUCCACCCCUUCCACCCUAGCCUGUGACCCAGCGACCUGUCCCAUCAUCCCCGGCUGUGAGACCACCAUCGACAUCUCCAAGGGUCGCACAGGCCUGGGCCUCAGCAUCGUGGGAGGCUGUGACACCCUGCUGGGGGCCAUCAUUAUCCAUGAAGUUUAUGAAGAAGGGGCAGCCUCCAAAGACGGCAGGCUAUGGGCAGGGGACCAAAUCCUCGAGGUGAAUGGUAUCGACCUGCGUGCUGCCAGUCACGAUGAAGCCAUCAAUGUGCUGCGGCAGACCCCGCAGAGGGUUCGGCUGACAGUCUACAGGGAUGAGGCCCAGUACAAGGAGGAAGACCUGUGGGAUUCAUUCACUGUGGAGCUGCAUAAGAAGCCUGGCCAGGGCCUGGGCCUCAGCAUAGUAGGGAGGAGGAACGACACGGGAGUGUUUGUGUCAGAUAUUGUGAAAGGAGGUUUGGUGGACACCGACGGUCGACUGACGCAGGGUGACCAGAUCCUGUCGGUCAACGGCGAGGACGUCAGGUCAGCCACUCAGGAGGCCGUGGCAGCACUACUCAAGUGCUGCGUGGGGCCUAUAAAAAUGGAAGUUGGGAGGUUUAAAGCUGGCCCCUUCCACUCCGAAAGAAGGCUGUCUCAGAGUAGUCAGAUGAGUGAAACUGGCAGUUCCAAGGUGGCCUCUCAGUCUUGUUCAGACUCCGGAAACUUUCCUGGUGACCCUGACAAACUAAGUCAGAGUCAGGAAUCUCCAGAGCAUCAGGACACCAGAACAGUGGAGUUCACUAAAGGUCCCAAUGAUUCUCUGGGUAUCAGUAUAGCAGGCGGGGUGGGCAGCCCUCUGGGUGAUAUACCCAUCUUUAUCGCCAUGAUGAAUCCUGUCGGCCUGGCUGCUCAGACCCAGAAACUCAAGAUUGGGGACCGAAUUGUCAGUAUCUGUGGAACCUCUGCUGAAGGCAUGAGCCACUCACAGGCAGUCACCCUGCUCAAGAACGCCACGGGCACAGUACAGCUGCAGGUGAUAGCAGGUGGUGACACAACCGUGACAGGUCCCUCUCAGGAUCAGGCAGCUGGAGGUCUCACACCCAGCUGCAUUUUCCAGGACGACCUGGGCCCACCUCAGUAUAAGACCAUCACUCUUGAAAGGGGACCAGAUGGACUAGGUUUCAGUAUAGUUGGAGGGUAUGGCAGCCCCCAUGGAGACUUGCCUAUCUAUGUUAAAACAGUUUUUGGAAAGGGAGCAGCGGCGGAGGACGGGCGUCUGAAACGAGGAGACCAGAUAAUGGCUGUUAACGGGCAAACUCUGGAGGGCGUCACUCAUGAAGAAGCUGUUGGCAUCCUGAAAAGGACCAAAGGAACUGUCACGCUCACUGUGCUUUCAUAGACGCUCGCUGUGCUUUCAUGGACACACACAUGAAAACACUCACUCACUCACACACACACACACACACACACACACACACACACACACACACACACACACACACACACACACACACACACACACACACACACACACACACACACACACACCAUCUUCAUUACUUUUCCUACACUUCUAAUUACACCAAAAGUUAAGUCACACCAACAAAGACUGAAACUUUAAAGUAGCAGCACAGAUUGCAGGUUUAGUGUCAUGUCUAGCGCUAGUAGAGCUCACACCAGCAGUAUUUCACAACUAGGUGAUUGUGUUGAAAUCACCAGAAGUUCAUCUGUGAAAAUAUGCAAACUGAAAUAUGAAAGACCAUACACUGAUUAUCAUGAAGUAGCAUAUUGCUCAAUGUAACACUGUGAUCCAUUUAAGCCUAUUACAGGUAGACUGGCAUGCAGUAUAUGUCAGGAUAAGGACGUUUAUCACUAAAACAAUCACCCACAUUGUAAUAUUCAAAGUAGAUUUAUGAAUUCAUCAAUUGUUUACCAUAUAGUUCAAUUUUUAAUUAGUUGUUACAUGAAUCUCAAAGAUUUUGUAAAUAGUAUGAGAAUCAGUCCAUGGCUCUGGAUCGACAUAUUCACUGGACACUGUGGCUAGUAUUUUGUCCUUUACUGUGUUGAGAUACAUGGACUGUAAGGUCAUUAAUUCCAAGGAGUAUUUUACAAUUGAGAAAACCCUUAAUCAAUAUCAGAAUAUUUCUGCAAAGGAGAGGUCUAUUUUUCAAGGUUUUUUUGCAGUCUAGAGCAUGAAACCAUGAAAAUACACUUUAGGCAAUUAGCAGAUAGCAGGAUUUAGCUAAUGACUAUAUUAGCCAAUAACAGCAUUAUUUGUCUUUUACAUUGCACUGCUGUUGGCAACUCAUCAUACUAUGAAUUUCCUGAAAAGCUGACGCUGCUGUAACUGGUGUGACGCAACUUAUCAUGAAGUCACUGUUGUUUUAACAAAAGUGGCUAAUAGAGCAUUUUUCAGGUGCUGAAGGCUAGAUGUCUGGUAGUGUAAAUACACAGUGUGUUAACACAUUCCUGAAGGGAAAGAUGUGAAAUCCUUGAAGUGUGUUUUAGUGCAAACUUGACUAGAUGAGGAACUCUAAAGCGUGUGUGAACUACUCACUGAGAUAUAGUGCUGCUAAAGCUGAUAUAUAAGGUAUUAUUUCACAAUACGUGGAUUUUUUUAAGUAUUAAUUCAUGUUCACUUAAUGAAAGUGCACAGAAAAGUAAAUUAACUACUAUUUAGGUUGGAAUGGGCAAGUGGUUCUUCUUGUCAAAGGAUGACAUAAUGGACCUGAGCUCAUUUCGACCUUAUUGUUUACCCAAAACAAAGGCAUCCACUGUGUAGUUUCUGAAGUCUUUAUGCAUUUGUUGCAUGCUCUAGUGUCAGAGAAAGUUGUCUGUUCUCUGUCUUAUCACCUUAAAUGUGGCUCUAGUACUGUCAAAGUGACAGUAUUGAAUUUAUUCACACUGAAUUAAAUAAAAGUGACCUUUGGAUUCAAUCAAUGUGUCCCACUUUUGCAUUUUGCAUAGUGAGUCAAUGUGACAUAAAACACACACCAUCAUUAAAUCCACCAAGAAACCUAGCCAAUCGAACCCUCAGCCAAAUGGCCAUAAACUUAAAUAUAACCAUAUAACGUCAACCAUAUGAAUGAAUAAUAGCCAUUGAGCAUUGAGAAAUGCAGGGCAACUUUCCAAGUGCACCAUCUCUUAGUCAAUAUAACCGCUCCUUACUGAAUAUGUGGGUUAUUGUAUAAUAUACAUCACAUCUGCCAUACAUCACUUAGAUAAUUUUUUAUCUGGGAGAUAAAAGCAAUUUACUGUCGCUGAAGGUCAGAUCUAAAUGAAUGGGGAAUGGAUCUAAGCCAGGGGCUGAAACAAGUUGAAAUGAAAUGUACAUGAAUAAAGAUGUAUUGACAUGGGAUACUACGGCCGUGUGGAACAGCAUGUAUUGUCUUACUUGAAUAGACCCUCUGAUGUCACCCGAGACUUAAUAAAGCCUGCAUAGAUAGAUCAAAUAUGGCAUCCCAUCUGUCUCACAAGCACAGCUGCUUCACAGCCUGUUAGUGCAAAGUCCUACGCAUGAAGUCCAUUCCUUAAGUCGGUUUAUAGCAAACAUGGGGGCUACCAAUUAAUCACACUAGUCAAGCAAGACCUUUGAAGUCCUCUGUCUAAUGAGGUCUGGAGUUUGUUCAGACUGAGUGAGCUGUUAGAGGUGAAUA